AUCUUUUUAUUAAUACCCGAUCACCGGCGAUGAGGGCGAACAUAUCACGUUUUAUCAGCCUAUAAAUCUCCUACUGGCUCUCAUAGCCUGCUACUUCAAACAACGCUUAACCAAGUAACAAGUACUAGAUCAAAGCUACCAGCGUCCUACUACUAGAAAAUUGCUACUUAGAUUGAAGCAAUUUGGAGAUCCAUGGCUCUUUCUCUUGUCCCUACCAACCCCUCAUGGCUUCAUCUCUCCUCCUCUUCCUGCUCUCGCCCUAGCGUCGUUCUUCCUCGCCGCUUCAUCGGGAUCUCGUCAUCGACGCACAGACAUCGGAUGCUUGUUGUUCGAGCAACGCAAGCAUCUGGUGGUGAUGGUGCAGAUCCAAGUCAAGGGGAUAUAAAGGUAACGAACUCCAGCACUGGUCUACAUAUUCCUAAUAUCCCUGCAUGGGCAAGAUGGUUGUUGGCCCCCAUAAUCCUCGUGGCUUUGCCAUUUUACAAGAAAUUUUUAAAAAUGGAAGAUGAACUGGAGCAGACAGCGGAGACGGUGGUGGAUGUUGUGCAGGCGGUGGCAGAUGCGACGGAGAAAAUGUCUUCAGAGAUGGCGGACGCCCUUCCAGACGAUGGAAAGCUCGAGCAACUGGUUUUGAAGGUGGGGGAUUUUGCUGAAGCAGUUGGUGAUCAAGCAGAUCUAGCUGAAGACAUGAUUGAAAUGGUUGAUGCUUUUGUGGACAAGGUGGAAGAUAUGCUAGAGCCUGUUAUUGAAGAAGGGCUCUCAGGGGAAAAGUAACCCAGCAGCAAAAGUGAGCAGUGCAAACUCGGAGCAGAAGGAGACCAGUUGAGGAAGAAGUUAUAAUAAAAAGCCUUAUUUUCGCUUUAUAAUUAACAGAAGGAAAUGAAGAUUCUAUAUUGUAAACAGUGCUCAAAUGUGCUCCUUGUCGCUCUUUGCUAUAUUAAUUUACGGUGCAUCUCCUGUGCAUGAACUAGUUGUUAGGGGAGGGAGAAUAGAGGCUUUAGGACUUUGGGUAGUUGAGACGAGAUCCAAAAAGCUGCGAGGAAAACAUGGCUGUGUAAUCUUGAGGUUUCCAGCUGUAGUGGGUCCCAAGUGAUACUAUAUUUUCCGAUGAAGGCCCCAAGUGGUACGUGCUAUUGGCUGAAUGAACUUUUCGUAGGUGGUAGAUGAUGUAAUGAUGUAAUGGAGUCUGUUUCUCCAAACUGAUGUAAUGGAACAUAUGAUUUUUAUCUUUUAAUAUUCUUUCAGAAA